AUGAGAGCUCAAAAGUUCAAAUUCAGCUGCUAUUUCCCUACCAAGGUCCAGGCCCUGGUAGCUGACUUUUCCAUCAUCUUCUCCAUCCUGCUGUUCUGGCUCGAUGCCUGCUUCGGCCUAGUGACCCCCAAGCUGCAAGUGCCCAGUGUCAUCAAGCCCACUCGGCCUGACCGAGGCUGGUUCAUGGUCUCCUUUGGGAAGAACCCUUGGUGGGUAUGCCUGGCGAGCAUCCUGCCCGCCUUGCUGGUGACCGUCCUGGUCUUCAUGGACCAACAGAUCACAGCUGUCAGAGUCAACCGGAAGGAGAACAAGCUGAGGAAGACAACUGGCUGCCAUCUGGACCUGUUCUGUGUGGGCAUCCUCAUGGCCCUGUGCUCUUUCAUGGGGCUCCCCUGGUAUGUGGCGGCCACUGUCAUCUCCAUCGCCCANACAUAUAUUUUUGUCAGGCCAAUUCCUCAUCAAAGAAAUGACAAUUUGGAUUUUAAAGAAGCAGAUCUUUGGCAGUGGUUCUUAACCGCGCUUUCUACAGCUGAGGGCCCUCACUCCUUUCUGUGUAGGGGCUGGUGCAUCCAGGACGCGGCCAUUGUGCAAUGGAGGAAGGAGCGGAAUUAA